AUGGCAGCGAACCCGCGACGCGGCACCGCAGACCCCGCCGGCUCGGCACGCUCAAGGACGGCCGCCGCCGGCUCUCGCGAGACUUCCUGGGCGGCGCGCGCAGCUCCCGCGGCGGAACGGCCGGACGCGGCGGAGCGCACGGUGCACGCCCAGGCCGAACGCCUGGCUCGCCACGACCAGCAGCUGCGCGCCGCCCUGGACGAGCUGGGCCGCGCCAAGGACCGCGAGAUUGCCACUCUCCAGGAGCAGCUGUUGACCUCCGAGGCCACCGUCCACAGCCUGCAGGCGGCCGUGCACCAGAGGGAUGAGCUCAUCAGACAGUUGCAGCCCCGGGCUGAGCUGCUGCAGGACAUCUGUCGCCGCCGGUUCCCCCUGGCCGGGCUGCUGGCUGCCCUGGCCGAGGCUGAGCGCCUGGGGCCCCUUCCGGUCAAUGACCCUGGCCACUCGCUCCCUGGCGGGUCUGGUCCCCCUCUUGCCAACAGUGCUGGGGAAGAGGGGGACAAGGACCACCUUCAGCCUGCAGUGUUUGGGACCACGGUGUGA